AUGCAGGGCCUCUGCCACGCACUGAACCCUGUGGGGGCCCCCGGGGCCCCAGGGGCCCCCAGUACCCCAGGGGCCCCAGGGGCCCCCAGUACCCUAGGGGCCCCAGGGGCCCCCGGGCCCGUAGGGGCCCCCAGGGCCCCCAGCUCCGGGGGGGCCCUAAAGGGGAAGACCCCGGAGGCCCCCCCUUGGGCGCAUUGGCUGAGGGGCCCCCAUGGGGGGCCCCCUACGGCCACGCCGGUCCUGCAUGCAUGGAGGGGUUUGCCAUGGAGGCCAGGCUGGGUUUGUUCGCUGCCUUUUGCUGCUGCUGCUGCUACUCGGCGGCAGCAGCGGCAGCAGCGGCAGCAGCAGCAGCAGCUCGAGCAGCUGCUGCAUGCAGACCAGCCAGCGAGGCCAGCCUCUCUAGAGGCAGCCAAAAAGAUAACACAAAAGCAGAGACCCUCCCCAUUCAGAUCUCGGGGGCUCCCCCCCCAGGGGGGCCCCCGGGAUCUGGGGUCCCCUGGGGCCCCCGGGGGCCCCCCUGACAAAGGAGGGCUUCAAGGACCUGAGGGACGUCCGUGGGGUGGCCCCUGGGGGGCCCCCCGCGUGACCGCCGGGGGCCUCUUGGCCUCGCAAGCAGCAGCAGCAGCGCGACAGAAUUCAACUGAUGAGUACUUUUGGCAGAGUGUGGCAAAUAGGACGGUGGAGCUGCGAGACGAGCUAACAGCAGCAGAGGCUGCGCUGCUGCUGCAGACCCUAAGCAGAAGUCCUUGCUGCUGCAGCAGCGAGCAGUUUGCUGCUCUUCUUGCUGCUGUGAUGCCGCGGCUGCAGGUGCUGGCGGAUUCUUUUACUUCGGUGAGUGCAGCAGCCCCUGCCAACUAG